AUGGACCAUUUGAAAAACAAAUCCACCAAGAAAUUUUUAAAUAAAAUUUUUCACCCGGCUGGAAAUAAGAAAAACUCAUCGUCGGUUUCACCCCAUGAGAAUGAUAGUUUUGCUACUUCUUUCGUUGCCUUGGAUCUUUCUAACCAACUUCAGAGACGUUAUUCCUUUUCUAACGUUCAUGAAAACGGAAGGCAAAAAUUAUUAGCCGCAAAGAGAAAGGAAUAUCAGGAAAAAAUGGAGGCGUUUGACGAUCUUAUCCAAAGACGACGUGGAGUUACAUUGACUUAUGCUUUGAAUUCGGAUGCUUUAAGUCGCUAA